UAAAGUAACCAUGGUUAGCAAAGAACAGUGUCCGCAAGGCACAGAAGAUUAACCAUGGUUAAGUUAAGUAACUUGCUGAUCGUAGUAAGAGGUGUUUGCGGUGGGAUCAUUUGCGUUGGUCGUAUUAAAGAAGGACGAGGGGAGUUGCUUGCUCUUAUCAACCUAAACAAAUUUACAUUUAUGUGAUUGUGAUCUUAUGAAUAUCUUGUUAAGUUCUGCUUGAUAUUUCAACCUCAACUUCGCUUUGACUGUCAUCUGUUUACCCUCUCUGGCCUAUAUCUAGGAUUUUGUUUUUGCAAUUAAUCUUGUUCAAGAUUUCACUUCUCUUGUAAUGUGAUAGAAAGCCAGAUCUUCAACACCUGCAAAGAAUUGUUUAAAACACAACCAGCAAGUUCAACCAGAAAACAAGCAACCCAGCAAACCAGUGAACACACAGCUAAGUCAGAAUUUAACGAAGAGGCAAUUGCAAUACAGGAGAUCACUGCUUUUUAUUUACUGAGAACAUCAGGGUUUGCACAAAAUUCUCCAGCAAAGUUCCAAAUUAAGGAAGGAAAGAAAAUCCAGCGAUGUGAGGAGCUGGGACCCUCCCAAUUAGCCAAAGGCUGGCUAACCUAAAACAAUAUCGGGGGAGGAAAAAUAACAUUGGCCCGCAAAUUCAAUAUCUCAAGUUCAAUUUAGCUUUCCAAGACUGAGUUUCUCGCAGACACAAUUUGAUUUAGAAAAUGGGCCUCUCAAGUCUUCCAGCUCCAUCUGAAGGAGUGCUGUGUGUAAUUUUAGUAAACACUGCUCUGUCAAUCUCAAUUGUUAAAGGCAUAGUCCUAUCGAUCCUCCAAGUUGUUGGUAUCCAUCUUUCCGAGUCAUCACCUUCAUCCACAUCCUCUGAUUCACCUCAACCCACCAGUGAAUCAUAUGAUGGACGUUUAAGUCCUCCAGUUAACUACGUUGAAGAGUUCCGGAGCCAGAACCCUGCAAUUCUGUUUGAUACUUUGUGCCUAUGUAAACAUCAUGAACAAGAUUGUUCAGUAUGUUUGACACAGUUUGAGCCAGAAUCAGAGAUCAACAGGUUGUCUUGUGGUCAUCUGUUUCAUAAAGUGUGCUUGGAGAAGUGGCUGGACUAUUGGAAUGUAACAUGCCCUCUUUGCAGGACACCAUUGAUUCCUGAACCUGAAGAGGAUGCAUCUUGCUUAUGGUAAAGUGUUUUUGUAGUUGGAUGACUCUCAGAAAACUUCAUGUACAGCGUGUAGUGUAAAGGUACCUUCGUGCAUGUAUCGGCUGGGGCAUGUAGCCGGAUGCAUGUUUUAUUUGCGAGUUGAAGCUUGAUACUUUGAUGGGUCGAUGAGAAACCAAAUUUUAUUGUAUAUAUUGUGAGGUUUCUGAUGUUCUAU